AAGCUUGGGGAUCUGGAGAGCAGGGCAGAGAUGUGCGAGUGCUUUGCCCGGGUGUUUGGGGUCUCCUGGUCCCCAGCAGCCAGUUAUGCUGCAGAGGGCCAGGUUCCAGAGAGCCACGUGUUCAGGACAAGGCAGCAAGCAGCUACAACCGGCUCCAAAGGGAAUGAGCAGCCGCAACCCCCCGCAGGCAGCCCCCCGCAACUGUCCCCCGAGGAAGCUGGUGACGCAGAUCGAGCAGCCCAGAAGGAGAAGCUGCAUGCGGAGCUGAAGAGAGUCCUGCAGAGGAAAGGCGAGAGCCAGCGCAGCUCCGAAGAGGCCGGGGCAGCCGAGGAAGAGGAGAGGGGGGAGCCCCUGGCCCCAGUCAAGAUGGAGGCACAGCUGAGCUCCAUGGAGAAAACCAUUGAGACCUCCGAGCUGCUGGAGAUCAUCGUGGAGACGGAGGCGGAAGCCGGGGUCAGCGGGAUGAGCGUGGCUGGAGGGGGAAAGAGCGGCCUCUUCGUCAAGGACAUCCUGAAGGACUCGCCUGCUGCUCGGGCGCUGAGCCUCCGCGAAGGCGACCAACUCCUGAGUGCCAGAGUCUAUUUUGACAACAUCAAGUACGAAGAUGCCUUGCAGAUCCUCAAGUGUGCCGAGCCAUACAAGAUCUCCUUUUGCCUGAAACGGACUGUACCUAGCACUGACGUCUCCCGCAAGCCUGGAGCCACCACCUUUGAAGUGAGGGGCCCCAAAGCCAAGAUGGCCAAACUGAACAUCCAGAGCCUGACGUCACUGAAGAAAAAGAAGAAGAAGAAGAAGGUGGCAGCAGCGGCUGCAAAGGCCAAGGACCUGCAGGCGGCGUCAGGGGCGUCCUGGAGCGGGGACUUGGCUGGCGGCAAGCUGGACGUGGCUCCCGUCGACGUGGAGUUCUCUCUGCCCAAGUUCUCCAAGCUGCGCAAGGCCAAGAGUGCAGGAGAAGUGGCUGUUUCGGAGCCCAGCCCAGACACCUCUCCUCGCCUGUCCUCCCUGGAGACCAAGCGGCGCAGGCUGAAGUUCCCCAGGCUGAAGGUCAAGGAGGCUGCGGCAGCGAGAGCCAAGGGAGCCGGGGGCUGGCUGGAGGUGGGCCUGCCCAAGGCUGCGGCAGAGGCGAAAGCAGCAGGCGGCCUCUCCCGCUUCAGCGUGCCCUUCGGCAAGGCCAAGAGGGCAGAGGCCAAGGCAGAAAGCAAUUUCCAGGCCCCGCAGGUGGAGCUCGACCUGCCACUGCCCAAAGCUGGGCCUGGCAGAGGGUCCCCCAAAGGCAGAGUCCAGGCCACCCAGUUUGGCCUGCCCAAAGUCAGCGGGGUGGAGAUCCCAGAAGGGGGUCUCCAAGGUGGUCUGAAGCUGCCUGUGGCCGAAGUGGCAGCCCCCAAGGUGGACGUUGACCUGUCCUUCCCUGGGCUGGAGAGAGCCGCCCUAGAGAUGACCCCUAAAGGGAAAGGCUUCAAGAUCAGGGUCUCUGCUGAGGAUGCGGAGCUGGAAGCACCCAGCGUCAAGGUCCCAGCUGUCGAAGUGGCCCUGGGCAAAAAGGAAGAGCGGGAGGAGAAGCUGAAGGCAGGGGUGGCCCUGCCCCCCCUGGAGGUGGGGAUCCCCUCAGUGGAGCUGGAGAUCCCCCUGCCCAAGGGGAAGGCUGAAGUGGAGCUUCCGAAGGCCAGAGUGGAGGUCCCAGACGUCUCUGUCAAGGUGCCUUUGCUCAGCCUGCCCAAGCUGGGCUCCAGAGCCUCCCUGGAGAAAGGGGAAGAAGGCAGGCUGCCCCAGGUGGAGCUCAGCAUGGGGAGGCAUGAAAGCCCCAAGGCAAAAGCCAAAGGCCCCAAGAUCCAGCUCCCAGGGUUCGGGAUCUCCCUGACGGAAUGCAAGCCGGAGAGCAAGGAGGGGGCCGUGUUCCCCGAGGUGAAGGUUCCAUCUCUGGACAUCGCUCUCCCAAAAGUGGGCGACGUGCCACUUCCCAGGCCCAUGGUGGAGGUGGCAGCCCCCACCGGGAGGCCGAAGUCGGGAGAGGUUGCCGAAGCGCCCGGGUUCAAGUUCCAGGUGCCGCAGGUGUCUCUCCCAAAGUUUGACCUCUCUGCCAAGGCAGACUCCCUGCCCCAGAUGCACACCCAGGCGCCCAGGCUGGAAGGUGAGGCCAGCGUGAAGGUCAGCAUCCCCAAGGUGGACCUCUCCUUGCCGGCAAUGAGGCUGCCAGACAUGGAGCUGCCCAAGGCCCCUGUGCCCCGGCCAGAGUUGGACAUCUCCGUGGAGAAGCCGCGAGUGGAGGUGGCUGUCCCUGCUGCUCGCCUGAGCUGUCCGUCGGCAGUCGUGCCAGCACUGGACAUUGACUUGCCCAAAGUUGGGCUUGAACUGGAUCUGCCAAAGGUGGAGAGAGAGCCGGCAGCCUCCAAGCAGCUGCCUCGGGGCCACGAGGUCAAGCUCAGGGUGCCCUCACCCAAGGCUGUGAGCAGAGACUUGGAGGUGGAGAUCAGUGUCCCCACAUGCCAGGGGGGCCUGCCAGAGGCAGAGCCAAGGGAGAGGGUCUUGGAGGGCCCUGAUGUCAGCGGGAUGGUGGCCAAGAUCCCCAAAGUGGACCUUUCUCUGGGGAAGGCAUUGCCGGGAGUGGAAGGAGCGGCAGAGAGCAGCCUGGCUGUGAAGGGCCAGCCCUGGCCAAAGGUUGGUCUGGAAGUGGAGGGGGCCAAAGUGAAGCUGCCCUCUGUCGAAAUCCCAUCCGUCAAGAUCCCAGACGUGACCCUUGAGGGCAGCAAAACCCUGGAGGCUGAGGCCAGCAUCAAGGCACCCAGAUUUACGCUCCCCAAGUUCAGCAUCCCAGGCCCCAAAGCCUGGGCUGGCCGCCCAGAGGCCUCAGCACCCGAGGCGGAGGGUGGCGUGGAAGCCAAGCUGAAAGUGCCAAAGUUUGGGAUUUCCUUCCCCAAAUCGAAAGUGGAUGUGGAAGGGAUGGCACCCAAGGGAAGGGCAGCUGCAGCCCUUGAGGCUCAUGGGGGCGUGGAGCUGCCAGCGGUGGAGGUCAUAGUGCCGGCGGUGGACGUGGACCUCGGCCUCCCCGCAUGGCCCGGUGAAAAGCCUUCCGGCACCCCCUUGCCCGAGGCUGGUGUUGAGCUGCCUGACAUCAAGCUGAAAGUACCCAAGUUUUCGCUGCCCAAAUUCCGGGGCAAAGGCAAGGAAGGGGACCUGGCAUUUGAGAGCCAGGAGGGCAAGUUGAGAGGGAGCAGGGAGGCCUUGGCAGGAGACCUGGGCACAAAGGCGCCUGAAAAGGAGGCCAAAGCCUCCAAGUUCAAGAUGCCCUCGUUCGGCCUCAUGCGCAGGGACACGGCGGGCAUGGAAGCAGAAACCAAGAAAGCUCCUGGCAGCCCCAAGGAGAAGCCCAAGGGGGGCCACUUCGCCAAGAUGCCCAGGCUGAAGCUCUCCUCCCCCAAGGUGGAAGCAGACCGAGGGAAGCUGGCACACCUCCAGGCCCCGCCCGAGCUGGAAGUGAAGGUUCCCCAGGUGGAGUUGCCCAGGAUCGGUGCCAGGGAUGAGGUGGGGCUGGCCGUGGGUGCAGAGAGCCCCACCCUCAAGGUGAAGGUGCCCUCUCUGGAGAUAUCCAUGCCCAGCAGCAGAGGCGAAGGAGAAAAGCCAGCGGUGGAUGUCUCGGAGGCCGACCUCCGUGGAUACGAGGGGGAGCUGAAGAUCCCCAGGGUAUCCUCCGUGGGCAUUUCCACCCCCAAACUAGAGCUGGAAGUGAGUUUACCCACAGCCGGGGUGGAGGAGCCCACGCUGCCAGCAGAGGUCAAGAUCAAGCUGCCGCAGGUGGAGCUGCCAAGGUUUGGGAGAGCGGAGGAGGGCGGGGCAGAGGUGCAGCUGCUUGGGGGGCGCAGGCUCAGCUUUGGGGAGGAAGGUGGGGAAGGGGCGCUUGACACCUCCCUCCUGGGCACCAAGAUCCGGUUGCCCAGAGUGGACCUCUCCUUGCCCAAGGGCCGCCUGUCGGAUACGGAGCUGCCCCUGACGGCAGAGGGGGGAGAGGUGGUCCCCGAAGGGUCAGAAGCCAAGUUUCGGAUGCCUUCAGUGGGGCUGCCCAAGUUCUCGACCCCCCGAGUGAAGGCCCCCGAGGUGGAGCUGGAAGUGGGCUCAGAAGCAGGGAAGGGAUUACGCGCCAAAGCUGGGGGCCCGGUCAUCAGACUAGCCAAAUUUGGGGGCUCCACCUCGGACAGGGAAGUGGAAGCUGAGGCAGAUUUGCCCCGAGUCCCACAGCUAGAGCUGAAGGCCCCCAAACUGAGAGGCAGCGCAGAGGCACUGAGCCCCGAGGCCAAGGAAGCCGCCCGGAUCAAGAUGCCCUCUGUGCCCAUUGGCUUUGGCCUUGCCAAGGGGGAAGCGGAGGCCCGGGGGUCCUCCGAGGAGGGCAAGUUCAAGAUCAAGCUCCCGUCCCUGGGCCUCUCCAAAGCAGGUGCAGACACCCAGCCCCUCUGCCCCCCACCUGAAGGGCCAGACUUCUCCUUCAAGAUGCCCCAGAUUGCUCUGCCAGAUGUGGGCUUCUCGGUGGACCAGGAGGGUAAGAGUGAGGCUGCCCAGUGGGAAGCAGGGAAGCUGCCAGAUCUGGAUGUGGAAGUGGGAGGGUUCGAGGCCAGGCUGAAGGCGCCCCAGAUCAAGGUGCCAGCUGUGGAGCUGUUGGGCCACCAGGGGGAUGGCGCUCCCCCUCCAGGCCGGCAGGGCUCAGGCGGAGACGAGGCGGAGGGGAAGAGAGCGGCCUUCCACGUGCCUGGCGUGGAGCUCUCGGCCCCCAGCCUCAAGGCACAUGCAGAGUACCAAGUGGAGGGGGCCCAGCUCCGCCAUGGCAGCUCCCAGGAGCUGAGGGGGGGCCAAGGUGGGGAGGCCCCUGAGGCAGAGGUGGGGAAGAGGUACAAGGUGAAGAUCCCCAAGUUUGGGCUGUCUUUGCCCAAAGGGGGAGCAGAAGGUGGGGAAGGACCCCCUGGGCACGAGGGCGGGGCCAAGGUCAAGAGGCCCACGUUUGGGCUGGGGAGGGCCAAGGGCAGAGGGGCAGAGGGGCUCCUAGAGGGGGAGGGGGAGGAGGCAGAUGGCAGCAAGGGGGUGAUGGCCAAGCUGAAGCUGAAGCCCCCCACCUUUGGGCUCUCUCUCUCACCCAAGGCCAAGGGAGGCAGUGCCGAAGUCAAUGGGGAGCUGGAGGACGGCUCUCCCCUGAAGAUGAAGGUGCCCAAACUGGGCUUCUCCAAGGGCGAGGGGGGGCCCCAAGUCAAUGGGGAGCAGGCAGGAGCCUCUCUGCACAAUGGGGCCAAGCUGGGCAAGAUCCGCCUACCGCAGGUGGAGCUCUCCUCCCCGCCCAAGAUGGCAGGAGCAGACUUGGAGCUGAACCUGGAGUUGGUGCGGGCAGAGGAGGCCAAGGAUGAAGCCCCGGGGGCUGGCAGGGGAGCCUUGGCAGCCCUCAAGGCAGCCAAGUUCAAGUCACCCAAGAUCUCCUUCUCGGGCUUCAGGAAGCGCACUGGGGAGGGGGCUGCUGGGGCCGUGGUCUCCUCAGCUGCCCGGGUGGAGAUGUCUUCUCUGGAAGUGGCUGAGAUGGGUGCCAAGGGGGAGAGGUCCCCAAAGUCCCGGUUCCCCAAGGUGGCCCUGAGCCCCAAAGCUCAAGGGGGCCUGGAGGGGGGCUCCGAGCUGAGCGAGGGGGGUUUGAGGAUCAAGCUGCCCUCAGUGGGCUUCUCUGGGGAGCAUGAGGGGCAGGUCCUGGAGGGCAGAGCGGUGGGGGCCAGAGGAGAGGCAGGGGAGGCGACUGUGUGAGUGGGGCAGUUGCCCAGGGCCCUCCUGCACCCCGCCCCACUUCCUGUGUAAUGCUUAGCACUAACCACAAGGAGGCGCCGACCUUGGCAAAGGAGUGGGGGAAGCAAUCAGAGGCACCCCAGUCAGUGGAUGCUUCUCACCUGCUUUAGCAAGCCUGCCAUGAAGGUGCCACCCUCCUCACAGCCGGGGGUGGUGGUUUCUUUUUGUAAAAAACCAAUGUGAAUAAAUACCCCCUCCCCAAUGCCACCUCCUGGUUGGUCUUCCUGUCUUAAGAAGCUUCUCUCCCUUUGCCCCCACCCCGCCCAAAUACAAGUCCCACAAGCAGCUGCCCUCCAGGCCUUCCUCUGCCCAUCUUUGGGCCUCAAGGCAUGUGGGCAGGAUUUGAUUGGGGGCCAGGCUGGGCUCUGAGGUCUGCCUUCCUCUCCAUCCACUGGGAAGCUUGUCUACUAGCUAAUGGAUAAAGGGUUGUUUGGAAGACUAAGCCAUCUCUACCCCCCACCCUGUUUUGAAACAAAACCUAUUUAAGAAUUGG